GAGGUGAUGCUCCGGCAGAAGUAUAACGAUCCGAGAAAGCUCAAGCAGGUUCUUGAUAAGGUGUAUGGCUCUGGGAACUAUUUGGUCAAGAUCAUGAGCGAACGGUGGAUUCUCUAUCUCCCAGAGCCUCUGACAGAGGGGGGCCUAUGUGAAAUCGAAAACAUGAUUCGUUUCCAUUGGAAACCCUAUUGAUCCGACAUAGCGUACCU